AUGAAGCUGAUUAUUCUUGUUGUUUUGAUUGUUGGCGUCUCGGCCUUGCCCUUCGAGAUCCGUGAUCCUACUAGGGAUGUGGCCUUGGAACAGCCAGGUAAGCGUCGGGUGUUUGUAACGUUUUUAAAUUAAUUUUUUCAUAUUUUUGACUUUACAGUUUGAUGUGUUUCUAGUUGUUGAUAUUAAAAACAGUAAUAAAACAACAAAACGAUUCUAUGAAAUAAUUUGUAGAAGAAACAUUUGCUCGAUCUGAUACUGACAAUGACGAGAAGUUGUCUUUCAACCAAUUCCUCCUGACCGAUCUCCCUUACGUCCAGCUCAAACAGGACGAGUUCAACAACCUCGACACAGACCACGAUGGUUUUGUGACUAGAAAAGAGUAUGAACAACAUUAUCAGAAGGAAAAAGAAAGUGCAUAUGACCUGAAGGCCGAGUACUUCGGCCAACUGUACGAUCAGUUCGACGAGAACAUGGACCUGAAGUUGGACAUCGACGAAACCAAGAACGUGCUCGAGAAACGAUUCCUAUUGAAGCCACGAGAGAACUUCGGCGAGAUCUUCCAGGGCUUCGACAAGAACCACGAUGGAGGUCUGGACCUCGAGGAGUACAUCAAGUUCGACCACGAGUUCCCCUUCCAAGAGCUCGACCCUCUCGACGCCGUGGAGCCUUUCCCUCAGAAGGCAGAAGGCCUCGAGUUCAAGAAGGAGAAGCUGCCAAUGAUGAAGUCGAGCUCAUAA